UUAACAGAGCUGAGCAUGCAAGUGUUUAUUUACAUUUAUGCAUUUGUACAGAGUAGAUAUUAGUGUGUUCCUUGGGAACCAAACCCAUUGUUGUCACAAUCACAUCCUCCAUAUAUGUUCGGUAAGUUUUAUUCUUUCCCUUGACCUUCAGACUUCAUUUUUAUUCCAUUUUUUUCCCAUGUUUAACGUGACUAAUAUUCAUAUUUUGCAUGAUUCAUGAACAGAUCACACAUGACAGUUAACCAGUGUUUUAUUAUAGUAAAAUUGUACAAACCAUGUUUUUUUUGGCAGAUCACGCGUUUUCUUACAAAUACCAUGGUGACAUUGGUUACCUUAUUAUUAUAAUAUUUUUUUAAACACCAUGGUUAACUUUCUUAAGGGGAGGCUCAGGGUUUAAUUUUGCUGACGUAUGCCACACGUUGUCCGGGGUAAAUCGCAUUCCAGUUGAAACUGGGCGAACAGUGGCUGAACUCUGGACGAAGUCACUGCGCACUAGGCUUCAUGCGCAUGACUUCAGCACACAUUUGCGCUUUCACCCCGAAGACCUGUGACGCUCCAACAGAUGUCAGAACACGACAUGCUUUCCAUUUCAAAACUUGAAGGUAUUUUGUCUCCCUAAGAGCGUCUGGAGGAGACGGCGCGCUCUCGGUUGUAGACGCGGAUGCGCAUCCAGCGCCUUCAGGAUGAUCCGGAUGUCCAGCGGAAUAAAGCGGCACGAGGUUUCACCGGAGCGCGUGAUGUUGGCUGCGUUUGCCGGUGUGUGUUUUCUGUCGGUCGUGCGCGUGUCGUCUGCGGAGGAUUUACCGGCGGUGAACUGCAGUCUGGUGAAAGACGCGUACACUUCUCUGGGAUUCAGUCCUGCCGAUGUGCCAAACGCGGAAACACCAGGAGGUCUUCCGCAAGUUUGUGGUCCACUGAAGACAUGCUGUAACACAGUAAUGGAGGAGAAGUUUAACCAGAGGAGCACACGAGACUUUGAGAAGCUGAUAGACGACACCAGCGAGGAGCUGAGGAACACGUUUAUGACCAGACAUAAAAGGUUUGAUGGUUUCAUUCUGGAGUUGCUGGAGAAAACUGAGCAGUCUCAAAAUGAGAUGUUCAUCCGUACAUACGGCAAACCCUACAUGCAGAACGCCGAGGUCUUUCAGAGUUUGUUCGCCGAUAUGAAGAGAUACUACACCGGUGGCAACGUCAAUCUGGAGGAGAUGCUGAACGACUUCUGGACGCACCUUCUGGAGCGCAUGUUCCAGCUCCUCAAUUCUCAGUUCGUCAUCACUGAGGAUUAUCUUGAAUGUAUCAGUAAGUACAUGGAAGAGCUCAAACCCUUUGGAGACUUUCCUAAGAAGCUCAAGUCUCAGGUUACUCGGGCGUUCGUCGCGGCUCGCACCUUCGUCCAGGGCUUGGUGGUGGGUCGGGAAGUCGCUAACAGAGUUUCUAAGGUUACCAUGAGCCCCGCGUGCAUUGACGGCUUCACUAAAAUGCUCUACUGUUCAUAUUGUGAUGGUCUGUCCACGCUGAAGCCCUGCAAGAACUACUGUCUGAAUGUACUGAAGGGCUGUCUGGCCAACCAGGCCGAUCUCGACCCAGAAUGGAGCAAAUAUACCGAUGCCAUGUUGCUCUUGACAGAGAGACUAGAGGGACCAUUCAACAUCGAGUCCGUCAUGCAGACGAUAGACGUCAAGAUAUCAGAAGCCAUCAUGUAUAUGCAGGAGAACAGCAUGCAGCUCUCUCAUCAAGUUUUCCAAGGUUGUGGACAACCGAAGCCUUCAGGAAUGAGCAGAACUGCCCGCGGUGUCCCUGACACGUUCAGCGGACGCUUCAGCCCCUACAACCCCGAAGAACUUCCGACCGCUGCUGCCGUUAGUCGCCUGGACCGCCUGGUGGGUGACAUCAAAGAAAAGUUGAGGCAUUUCAGAAAGUUUUGGUCCUGGAUUCCAGAAGGCAUAUGUCAGGAAGAAAACGUGGCAGCGCUGGACGGUGAUGAUGACUGCUGGAACGGUGUUUCUAAGGGCAGAUACGUCCCUGAGGUUCUGAAAGAUGGACUAACCCAUCAGGUGAAUAACCCAGAGGUCGGGGUUGACAUAACCAGGCCGGACGCGCUCAUACGACAACAGAUUGCGGCUUUAAGAGCGAUGACCAACAAGCUCAAGAAUGCAGAUGACGGUAAUGACAUGUACUUCCAAGACUCCGAUGAUGACAGCAGCACUUCAGGAAGCGGCAGCGGCGGCGGUGAGAUGUGUGUCACAGAAUCAGACUCUUUCAUCACACAAGCUCCUCAUGAAGAAGCGGAGAAACGUGAUGAAGCUUCUUCAGCCUCCAUCAUCCGGUCAUCUCUUCUCCUCGUCCUGUCGCCGCUGGUCGUCUCUGCUCUGGUCCUGAGAUAGAAUACGCUGUCCUUCAUCAGACUGCUACUGUCUCUAGUGCUUCACAUUCACUGUGAUCUCAGUGAAUGAUGAGAUCCAGAAAAUCUUCCUCCUGUGUGGAGAUACAGAUGGGAUGAGCGCAUCUUACAUUAUACAUUUUCUCAAGCAUAAUUUCUCUCUCUCUAUCUCUCUAUCUCUCUUUCUCUUCCAACGAUCAUAAGCAGUACAUUUAUCAUCAGAUAUAUGAAAGACGUUUAUUUCAGUUUUUUGUGUAAAAAUUUAACAGCAGCUCAUUUAUGGAUUAUAUUUGGCAAAUAAUUAAGAUCAUAUUCUCGCUCAUAUUUUCAUUCGAUUAUAGCUUGUCGUGUAAUGUGGAAGAGAAUGUAUGUCUUUUCUACCAAAUACCCGAAUAGCUUUUUAUUGCAUAAUACUAUUUUUAAAGUGAGAACAAUUGGAUAGUGAAAAAAUGAACAUUAGGCUUCAGUCUUCUGUGCAUAUAAAUGAGUGUAAUGUACACGGGCCGUUUUAACCCAAUCCCUCUAUUUGCACUUGGUUCUUUGCUAAAGGACAUUUUGCUUAAAGAUGCUCGACAUGUGGAAAGUGCCGUGUUCACUAACCUCAAUAAUCAGAGCGAUAUGACAUUUAGUGAAAUAAAUCCGUCUGCAUCAAUAGACUCACAACAUUCACUUCUCACACAAAUACACACAAUAGAAUUUAUUGCACUUGUUUUUUAUUGUAGUACUUUCUGAGCUUGGUCGUUCAAACAGAAACCAGCUUUAACUACACUCUUAAAAAUAAAAGUGCUUGAAAGUGUCUUCACAGCGAUGACAAAGAAUCAUUCAGUCAAAGCGUCUUUAAAGAACCAUUUCUCUCUGACCUUUUUAUAAUCUAAAGAACCUUUUUUCGCCACAAAGAACCUGUUGUGAAGCAGAAAGAGUCUUCAGAUGUUAAAGGUUCUUUAUGGAAUCAAAGGGUUCUUCUAUGGCAUCAAAAAACUUUUGAAGGACAUUUUUUUAAGAGUGUAGAAGAAGAUCAAGAAGUCGUUCACAUGACCUGAAGCACUUCUGUCCUGUUCUCUAAGAUUUUGUGUUCUUGUCUUUAAUAAACUGCGCAGUCGUUUAAAUAUGCAGUGAAUGUUCUUCAUCUUCAGCCGUUCAUUCACAUUCAGUGUUAUGAUUUGAUACGUCAUGUAACUUCUGAAUAAAAAUCUUAACAUUCCCCCCUCCUAAAACUGCUGGUACGAUCCAGAAUUCAUCAUAAUUCUAACAUGAAAAACACUUUCUUUCUGUUUGUCAAGCUAAAAAUAUCCCCAAUGUUGAGUUUUUCAGAUGUUUUAUUUCAGAGCUCGGUUUGCGAGGCAUUCUGCAGGAUUCUGUCCCCCAAGCGUCUGGGCAGGACAUUCAGAAAGUUGUGUUUCCGAAUAAUGGAUGAGGAAAAUUUGCACACAGAUAAUCCGUAAUUCACACAAGCACUGUUUGUGGAGAGGUUUCUGUCAUUUUGAAGAUGGAUGAUUGUAAUGCCAUUCCAUGGAAAGCAAUCUAGACUUUCUGAUACUGUAACUUGAAUAGAUCAGAUGUUUUUUUCGAUCAUGUUUUAACUGAACUGUAUGGGAAUACGAUGUUUUGCAGGUUUAUUGAUCAUCGUUAUUAACAUUCAGUGAUUUGGGAAAACGAAUAUUAUUGAUCUCCCCCACAAACUUCUUCAGCGUUUAAAAAAAAAGUGUUUUGAUCGCUUCAGUCAAUAUCGACAUAUCAGUUGUAUUUUCUUUCAUCAGUUAUUUUUAUAUAUCAGUUUUCAUUAUUGUUUGUGCAUGUGUAGAGUUUAUUUUCACUAUAAGUCUUAUGAGUAUGUACAGAUUACAUUUUGAAUGUAAUGUGAGCACUUUCAUAUUAUGUUUUUUUUUUCUUAGAGGCAGGGAAAAUGUGUAAAGUGAAUAUAGUAGCAUUUCACAAUAAUGCAAAUACAAUUUUGGAGCAUUUGCUGCAUGUUUGAAAGUGGCAAAGUGGAACUAAAACUAUAUUUAUCGUCAACAUUUUUGAGUGAUCUGAACAUAUUUGUUUUCACUACUUACAAAUGAAAUGCUAUUUAAAACAAUGUUCAAAAUGUUUUAAACUCUGUGGUUUGGUGGAAAGAGGCCGAAGGUCUUUUGUGUUGCAUUCUCAUAAAGAAAUGGAUUUAUAACUCAAACUGAAAGAUGGUUUUAUCUGAAUGUCACGCAUCAGUUUAAUCAUAAAUCACUCUUUAAUUUUAUUCAAGUUUGUAUCAUUCUUAUAAAUCUCACAAACACAGGUGACAUUUUAGUGUG